AUGAAAGAAAAUAAUCUGAUACAGUAUUUACUAGCUGAUGUGGGUUGGGCGGCAUUUGUAAUACUCGAGGGUUUUGUAAUGACACUUUAUAGAUCUGGUGUUGAUAGAGCUAAUGUUUUAUGUGCUCUGAAGGAAGAGCUGAACUAUGCGACACAUCUUGGUAUGCCGGCUGUCAUGUUGUACUUGAAGAGCCGGAAGAUAACAAAUCUGGCAAGAUGUCUCAAUGAACAUUUACUCAGCGGUUACUUCCAGCAGCAAUUUUGGGUGCAUGUACCACUGAAAGCCCCAGUAGACUGUGUGGAGGAUUUGUUUGACGAGGAACCAAUGACUGAAGAACGGGCUACAGAGGACUCGUGGGAAUGGUGGAAUACAUUCCGGACAAUGUGUGACACAAACAAACGUAUAAGUGUAGCUCUAGAAAUAACUGAGGAUUUACCAGAGGAAGAGGUCUUACAGAGAUGGUUGUCUGAGCCAGUUAAAGCUGUGGUUUUAUCCACAAGUCUCUUUCUCACCAACAAGAAGGGCUACCCAGUCCUUUCUAAAGCACAUCAAGGAUUUUUACGCAGCUUAUUUAAGUUGGAUGUACAGUUGAUAUUGACUGGUGCCAAUAAACAUGCUGACAAGGGUAUACACUCCUACCAACAGUAUCUGGAUCAUCUGUGGCAGGCUGUCUUCAGUUCUCCUAGAAACGAUAUAUUAGCUGAUGAAAUAGACUGUCUUUGGCAGGGAAGAGAGACUUUGCCAACCCCAGACACAGUGACCCAGUUUGCCAAGGGUUAUGAAGAUUAUUUGCAGUGUCCCCUACAGCCCCUAAUGGACAACCUCGAAUCACAGACAUACGAAAUCUUUGAAAAGGAUCCAAUAAAAUACUCCCAGUAUCAAAAGGCUGUUUAUUGUGCAUUGUUGGACAAGAUAAAACCUGAGAACAAAGAUACAGAAUCUGUGGUGUUGAUGGUGGUGGGUGCAGGUAGAGGACCUCUGGUUCGAGCUUCAUUGGCAGCAGCUAGUCAGGCAGACCGCAAUAUUAGAAAAGUAUACGCUGUGGAGAAAAAUCCUAAUGCUGUUGUUACUUUAGAGAAUCUGCGUGACGAGAUGUGGGGAGAUAAAGUAGAGGUGAUAUCAUGUGACAUGAGACAAUGGAACGCUCCGGAGAAGGCAGAUAUACUUGUCAGUGAACUCCUCGGUUCCUUCGGUGAUAAUGAACUCUCCCCAGAAUGUUUAGAUGGUGCUCAGAGAUUUCUAAAAGAUGACGGUAUAAGUAUUCCAUGUGAAUAUACUUCCUACCUAGCACCUUUACAAUCAUCUAAACUGUAUAACGAGGUCAGAUCUUCUAAAGAUAAGGAUAAACCACCAGAGACAAAUUUUGAGAUGCCAUAUGUUGUGAGACUACACAAUUGUCAGAUACUGGCAGAACCUAAACCUGUAUUCCACUUCAAACAUCCCAACAGAGAUGAAGUUAUAGACAAUACACGAUACAAGACCAUGGAGUUUGAUGUUGAUAAGACAAGUAUUCUACAUGGAUUUGCUGGAUAUUUUGAUACCAAACUCUAUGGAAAUGUUUACCUUAGUAUAGUACCAGAAACUCAUUCACCAGGCAUGUUCAGUUGGUUUCCAAUUCUGUUCCCAGUCAAGGUAAUAUUUCAGAUAGAUUAGUCAGUCUUUGUUUCU